UGCCAUGGAUGUAGACGAGGAUGCUGUACAGCAACUGGCUGACUUGGGAAUUCCCCGGCAGCAAGCUUUCAUUGCUCUACAGAAAUACAAUAACGAUGUCAUGAGAGCUGCUGACUACAUAUUUUCUGGGCACGCCGAGCAAGACCUAGUAGAGCAGCCCCUCGAACUUCCCGAAGCUGCGCAUCCAGCUGCUGAAUCAGCAGACGUCACUAAUCCCAAUGAAGGCACUGCUUCAGCCCCAGAACCAGAACAUGUAGUCGAUACGGUAACAGAUCCAGUGGAUGGAAAUCCGGCAUUUAUUUCUGAAACACAAAGUCUAUCGAACGAACCAUUAGAUGUAUUUGAUGAACAGGUGACUUUAGACAAAUGGCCUGUAGCUGAUGCUAUAGCCUCAGAGGAAGAUAAUCUACUUACCAUGAGAAGGAAGUCGCCCAUUGAGCCAUCGAAUAUGGAACAAAUCGGUCCUACCACAUCCAGUAGCUACGAUGCCCAGCAAUGGAGUUUAGUACCUUAUCAAAAUGAUCAGAAGACUUUCUCCGCUGAGAAUGACCAGGAAACGGACGCCCACUAUUCUUACUAUAAUUUGACGUGGUGGAGAGACCCACUUCCAAUCUAUCGGAAGAGGAUGAUGAAGGUUGGGUCUAAGACCGCCACCAUAUGACUUCUCAUGCUCGCCACCGCUCAUACAAUCAUUAUACCACGUCCCAUUGUUCAAGACCGCCAUACUAUGUCAAAAGCCGAAACUGUCGAACUGGGGAAGCA